ACUCACCACCACUGCUUUCAAAAACCUGUUGUUACCUGCCUUCUCCCCCCGAGCCGCUCGUGAGGGAGCAGCGGUUGUCCCCGUGACGCGGCUGUGCAGGUCUGAGUGUUGCACAGGCCGGGCCCAGUGCUGCAGGUUGUCCGGUAGGGUGCCUGCGGAGCUACGAGCAUGCUGUUGAUGUCAGGAGCAGAGGAGGGGAACGUGAGCACUAGCUGAAAACUGUCGGUGCUCUUGUGGAAGCAAACAACCCGCGGUUCGUCCGGCAUGUUUUAACUGCAGGUUUCACCGCCGCUGGACCAGCCUGUUAGCGACGCAUUAGCAGGCACCGCUCGUGUUGGUGUGUGUGUGCGUGUUUUUUUAAUGGGACAACGAAAACGCAAGGUAGGCUACCGCUCCUGUCGCCAGCGCUGCUACUUUAUUUCCAUGGACUCAUACGACACACGCACGGGGGGCUGAGACAUGUUUCGCUUGAGGUAAACCGCUCCUCUCCGGAGACACCGUCUGCUCGUUACCGCUAGCUGGACCCCGGUAACGUGGAUAAUUUGGGGUUCGGGCUCGUGAAUGUAUGAAGUGCUCGGACGUUACAUGUUGUUGUUGUUGCUUCAUCUCUUCAUGCCUCAACCGACCGACCACAUGAAAAGUCGACGUCCGGAAUAAAUUCAACCACAAAGAAAGGCCUCCCUUUUUCACCGCGUCCACCUGAACCGACGAGGAGACGAUGCGUGUGGAUUUGUUUUGGAUGUGUUUGUGGUGUUGCCUUCGCCCCGGAGCCGCCGGUCAAGGGCAGGCGACGGCCGUUUGUUCGCCCUCAUGCAGCUGCGAUGAAGAUGGGGGCGCAGACUGCUCCGGGAGAGGGCUGACCACCGUCCCGACCGGGCUCAGUGCCUUCACCUACUACCUGGACCUGAGCAUGAACAACAUCACUGAGCUUCCAGCAUUUGUAUUCAAGACCUUCCCCUAUCUCGAAGAACUACGACUUGCAGGGAAUGACCUGUCAUUCAUCCACCCUGAAGCCCUGUCUGGACUGCAUCAGCUCAAAGUCCUAAUGCUCCAGAAUAAUCAGCUGAAGACUGUGCCCGGAGCAGCCCUGAAGACUCUUCUUUCUCUCCAGUCUCUACGGCUGGAUGCAAACCACAUCACGACAGUUCCAGACGACAGUUUUGAAGGCCUUCAGCAGCUGCGCCACCUCUGGUUGGAUGACAACAACCUAACCGAAGUCCCGGUCGGUUCUCUGAGACACCAGGCGAACCUUCAGGCUCUGACAUUGGCACUCAACCGCAUCUCGUACAUACCAGACAAUGCCUUCGCCAACCUCACCAGUCUGGUUGUCCUACAUCUUCAUAACAACAGAAUUAAGGAGAUAGGGGACACCUGUUUUUCUGGACUCGUGAACCUGGAGACGCUAGAUCUGAACUUCAACAACAUGAUGGUUUUUCCCAAAGCAAUAGAGGCCCUGCCCAAACUCAAGGAACUUGGAUUUCACAGCAACGAUAUUACCUCCAUACCUGAAGGGGCCUUCCAUAACAACCCCCUGCUGCGAACCAUACAUCUGUAUGACAACCCGCUGUCCUUCGUGGGCACCUCGGCUUUCCAGAAUCUGUCCGACCUGCACUCUCUGAUGCUGCGUGGGGCCAGCAUGAUGCAGGACUUCCCCAUCCUGACGUGGACUAAUAAUCUUGAGAGUCUGACCCUGUCGGGAACCCAGAUAUCGUUCAUCCCCGCUGAUCUGUGUGAGAACCUCAAGUUGCUUCGGACGCUAGACCUGUCCUACAACCAGAUCAGGGAGCUGCCGUCCCUCCAGGGCUGCAGCCGACUGCAGGAGAUAAGCUUUCAACAUAACCAUGUUCAACAAAUUGAGAGGGACACGCUCCACGGUCUCUCUGCUCUCCGUUUGCUAGACCUGAGCAGAAAUGAGAUCCGAGUUAUCCACAGAGAUGCUUUCCUCUCCCUCACUGCGCUCACCAACCUAGAUCUGAGUAUGAACUCUCUGGCUGUGAUUCCAACAACUGGACUGAGCGCACUCAGUCAGUUGAAACUCUCGGGGAACCCGCAGAUGAAAAAUGUCUUGACUGCAAAAAAUCUUCCCAAGCUCCGGUCCAUCUCCGUCCCUUAUGCCUACCAAUGCUGUGCUUUCGUUGGCUGUGACUCAUUGAUGGGUUCCUCUGAGGAAAACGACAUCAAGAAAUCUACAGGAGGGGAGGCUGUGGAAAGAAUUCCUAUGAUUAUGCAUUGCUCUCCUUCACCGGGAGCCUUCAAGCCUUGUGAGCACCUGCUGGGCAACUGGAUGAUCCGCCUGACCGUCUGGUUCAUCUGUCUGGUGUCGUUGGUCUUUAACAGCCUGGUGCUGGUGGCCACCUUCUCCUCCAGAGCCGCAGCCCAUUCCCACCACUCCCUAACUCCGUCUCUUUCCCCUGCCCGGCUGCUGAUGGGACUACUGGCCCUGGCCAACCUGCUCACGGGCCUGUAUGUCGGCGUGCUGACCGCGCUCGACGUUGCCACCUGGGGCUCGUUUGCCGAGUUCGGCGUGUGGUGGGAGAUGGGCCCCGGCUGUCAGGUCACAGGAGCGCUGGCCGUCUUCUCGUCCGAGUGGGCGGUGUUGUUACUCUCACUGGCGGCUGUCGAGCGCAGCGUGGCCGUGCGUACGAUACUCGGGAAGGUAAUGAUGUCGUCCAGGAGGAACCUCGGCAGCCGUCGCGGGUGCUGGAGAGGAGAUCGCCGCUUCGGCCUUGCUGCAGGACUACUGGGGCUGCUGGCUGCUGCUGGAGCCUGCCUGCCCCUCCUGAGUUUAAGUGACCAAUCGGCCUCUCCUCUCUGCCUGCCCUUUGCCGGUGGAGAGAGUCCAGCUCUGAGUGUUACAGUUGUUCUGGUGCUGCUCAAUGCGCUGGCUUACUUGUUCACUGCAGCUGUGUACACCCAGCUGUACUGCCACCUGGGCAGGGUGGAGCUGGCCGACCCGGAGCAGACGGGUGCCCUGCGACAUGUGGCCUGGCUCAUCUUCACCAACUGCAUCUUCUUCUGCCCCGUGGCAGCGUUCUCCUUCGCCCCUCUCUUAACCGGCUCCACAGUCGGAGGCCCAGAGAUCGCCAAGUCUGUCACCCUCAUUUUCUUCCCGCUGCCUGCAUGCCUGAACCCAGUGCUGUACGUGUUCUUCAGCCCGGCCUUCAGGGAGGACUGGCUGAGACUGCGGGGCCGCGGAGGCUCGACGAGAGAGCUGAAGGCCGGUGCUGAAAGUCACGGAGAUGCUGGUGGUGGAGGGUCAGAGCUCACAGACAGUGGCUCCUCCACCCACCUGGGCUUUGACUGUGGGAUGUACUCCCAGCUUUGCGGGGAGACGGUUGUGUGCGAGCAGUGUGAGGCUGCGCUGCAUGCCAGGACCUGCUCGUCUCCCUCGUCCUCCACAGUCUGUAGACACUUGAUGAAGUCUCACAGCUGUCCCGCCCUCCUGGCAGGAGCAGCCGUCUGCCAGCGUGCUGAGGGGUUCUGGGCAGACGGCAGCACACCCUCUGCUCAGUCGGAGUACGCAGACGAGGGCGACUCUUUUGUGUCUGAUAGUUCAGACCAGGUUCAGGCCUGCGGCAGAGCCUGCUUCUGUCAGACCAGAGGCCUUCCUCUGGUACACUACUCGUACAACAUACCUCGAGUCAAGGACUGAGGUGUGCACAGAUCUCUGUCAUGUGAAUUUAGAUUCUACAAGAAAAUAUAAACACUUUUAUAUCAAACAAGAACAUGUGCCAACUACCCUGCUAAAGGGCUUGUCAGCAAGCACUUAUGUUUGUAAUUACAGUGUAAACUGAUGCAACCAAUCAUUUAAAGGUAACCUGGUGUGCUUUUUGAACUUCAUGAGACCGUUUCUACUCGCGUGUUACGUUUCCACUGAAUGGAGGACAUCGGGUUACAAACUGGUCAACAACGGGUCUUGCAAAGAAAGAUCUCGCCACCAGUGCCUGCAUCCUGCUUUCGAUUGGAUCUCACGUUGCGAGCCUCAAUGUACGUGUCGAAAGAUAUUGUGAUUUCUUUAUUUUACCUGUGUUUAUAAGCUUUUUACAUUAUAAUUAUUAAACAUCUUGUCAAUUGUUAGGGUUUCUUCACAGCAACUGUUGAUUUUAUACUUUGAUUAUUAGAAUUUUUUACAUAAAUGUAGCAAAUUUAAUAAUCAUCCUAGAAUUUUCUGUUUGAAUAUAACUUUCAGGUCAUCUUUACCUACCAGCGGGGUUUAAUGUAACGUCAGCAAUAACCUCGACCCUCCCAGCCUGUGAUCGUAAUCCAUCAGCGUGAGAAGGGUAUAAGUAAACACCAGUCUAUAAUAAAUAUGUCUUUGCUUUAAUUUACUAAGACUAAGAAUGUGAUAAAAGUAGCAGAUAUCACUGAUGGCAACAGCUAUGCUUGGUGGCGGUGAACAAUGUUAUUUAUUGUUGAGCAGCGGGAGGGUUGAGAUGAUUUCAGGUGGCCUUUGAAUGAUGAAUAUACAAUAUAACCCUCGUCUUCACCAAAACGACAGCACUUCUCUUUGUUAAGUUCUUAACCAAAAACUAUUACACACGUGAAGUGUGAGGUAGUUGUCCGUGUUCCCCAUCGUGCUGUUUGAUUAUCAAUCUUUUACAUUUUUCGUAACUGCAGAGCUUCGAAAAACCCAACAAACAUUUUACAACGGUAGGGUUUCAAUAAUUAAAUAAGACCUGCUUUUAUCAGUUGGUCAGAUUAUUUUGUAUCGUAAUAUGAUGGGAAAUACAUUUGCUCUUUCGCUGACAGUAAGGUGAGAAGAUUAAUACCAAUCAUCGCAUAUCUGUAUGAGAAAUAUGCAUCGACAGCCAGCUGCUCGUUAGCUUAGCAUAAAAAACGGACGCAGAGGGAAACAUCUCUUUUCAUCCGUUCAAAAACGGAAGGAUUAAACCAACACGAUACAAAUAAUGAACGAGAGGCCUUUAAAUGUGCUAGCGUGUAACCUUUGGACAGAUUAAGGCUAGCAAUCAAACUUUAUGCGAAGCUAAGCUGCGGCGAGCUCUACCGCUAUGUUUCAUGUCCAGAUAAAAGAGGGAAAGCUCACAUGCAUUUCUUGUUGCUUAAAAACGUGUCCUUAAAUUUAAUUUGGCUUGCGAGUGCCAAGUUAAACACGUGAAUAUAAUCCCACUCUUCCACUUCCAACGUCGUGUGAAAGCAGCACAAGACUGGCAGCCAGCUGAGUCAACAAGGACGGGUUUUUCAGCAGUGCCAAAAUAAAUAUAAAAUGGACUUAUAAUUUAAAUGUGUGUAAUUAUAUCCAACCACAGAUAUUUAGAGACGAGUAUCUGCAGUGUGGAUCUUUUUUUUCCCCCUUUUUAGGUACUUUACAGCUCGACAGUGCAGUAAUUUAGACCAGAGAAAAAGUGGCAUAUUGGUCUAAAAGUAUGAAAAUAAGUCUUUCCAAUCCAGUUAAUAUUAUAGACUUUUUUUCUGUAUGUACAUAUCACGCUGUAUUAUUGUACAGGUAAUCAGAACAACAUUAUGAUGUAGUAAAGUAUAUUAACAUGGACCUCUUUUGACCUUGAGAGUUGACCCGAGUGAAACCGCGUGUGACGAGGGAUUCACUGACGUCUGGUGUGCUGGAGCGAGACGACACAGUCGAGGUGGAUACACCCUCUGAGCGUGUAUCCACAGGUCAUGUCAUGUGACUACUCAGGAAUUUAGGCAAUGUAGGGAAACGUUUUCUUCCACCAACAAAGCAUUCUUGUGUACUUCUAAUGCACCAUUUCAUUUUGAUCUUUCGAAUUUGAAUUCCCAUGUAGGUAUUUUUCUUGACCGGGUGUUUACAUUUUUACACCACCCAAAAUGUCCGUUUGUUUGUUUGAGAUUUCCCAUCUAGUGAAACUACAAUUUGUUUUGUGAGGCUGGUUAUUGUUUUUUGUAUUUUUAUGUAAAUUAUUGGAAACAAAAACAAGUAAUCAAGAAUGGGAUGCUAACGAAGGAAGCUACCUCCUCGACUGUCGUGGCUACCAGCAGUGCUUUGUAAAAGAAAUGUCUGUUUUCUGUUCUUCUCUUUGUUUGCAUUCUUAGCUUUGAGUUGUACAUCAUAAUUUUUAGAUACGUGCAAAUUGUGGGAGGAUCUAUGUACUGUAUACUGUGAUUUAUUUUUAACCAAAAAUAUAAACUGAUAUUUUUUGUUUUAUCUUUUAUAGAUACAAACUUUCAGAAUAAUACAGAUCAUAAAAAUAAUCUCCCCUAAUUUCAGUUCAAAAUAAAAUCUCAUUGUUGCUUUUCAUCUGAGAUCUUCCACAGUUAUUUUUAUUCUGUUCAAGUAGAAUAAUGAUUCUAUACAAUUUUGAAUGAAUAAAAUUUGAAAAAAAUGA